GCAGACAGUCAGGUGUGGUCGGCGGGGAGACAUUCCGACCGGAGCGGUGAUUUAGCGGACUCCACCGGAACAAAAACAACGUCAACCGCGGGUCCGUAAACAUGACCCAGUGACCGAGUACCAGCAACAGACACGUAACCAAACACCUUGUUAAACCUGGGCUAAAGAGAAGCAAGAAGUGAAAACCCUCCUAAUGUCAUGAAACAGGGAACAGUUGACUUUUCACCCAACCACCAGAGGAACUGAAGUGAAGAUAAGGGAUCAGCUUAAAGGAACCUCAGCAUAUGUAACCACUACUGAACUGCAGCCAAAAAGAGGAACAUCUCAGUUUCUUGCUCCUUUAUAAAAAGGGAUGGUGUUAAUGAGUGAGCAGUGGAGGAGUUCAGGGCAAUAACUGGAUUUAUGAUCAGCUGUCAAGUCACCUGCACAUUUGGCUGCCAGAGCAAUAACCACAUAAUGCCAAAUUCCACUAUUUUGGAGCCUUUCCAGUGUUUACAUGCAUAGACCUCUGUGAAGACGUUUCCUUAAAUGUGGGACUGCAUCCAAAGGAGAAACGAAGGAGUGUCCACAUUGCACUGACACAACUGUGAACGUUCAAAAAAUCAAUGAGUGGUCACAAGUUGGAAAUCCCCUCCUGGAGUGUCACUGGGUGGAACUGGAACCAAGGUGGAACCACGUGGCAGCUCUCGGCCAUCAAGCAUGAAUCAUAAAUGCAGAAAUCAUCAGAAACACUGCUGCCUGCUGUGGUUUCAAUGUGAAUCCAAAACGAAUGAUGUGAACAUCUGAACUGAAACUCUUAAGGAUAAACCAAAACUUAAAGUUGCAGAAAUUCAACUGGAAUGUGCUCUUAUUGGCACAAGGAUCCCUACAACUUUUGGACAAACUCUUGUGCUACACUGAGCUCGUAGCAUUGGAAGGAAGAAAAACACAACCACUGGGGAGAUCAGGAAUCAACUCUCUUCUAUGAAACUGAUUUUACUUGGAAAUACAGUGAGAAGCCUUCCAAAUGGCAGGGAAGGACUACAAUCAUCUCUUUAAGCUGCUCAUCAUUGGAGACUCCAAUGUGGGGAAAAGCAGUCUUCUGCUACGCUUUGCAGACAACUCUUUCUCUGGCAGCUACAUCACCACCAUCGGCGUGGACUUUAAGAUCCGGACAGUAGAAAUCGAUGGAGAGCGGGUUAAGCUGCAGAUCUGGGACACAGCGGGCCAGGAGAGAUUCAGAACCAUCACAUCAACCUACUACAGAAACACACAUGGUGUCAUUAUAGUUUACGACGUGACAAACCCAGAGUCGUUUGUAAAUGUUAAGAGGUGGUUAAAUGAAAUCUCCCAGAACUGUGACAACGUCUGCAAGAUCCUGGUGGGAAACAAAAAUGACGACCCUGCCAGGAAACAGGUGGAUACCCAGGAUGCUGUGCGUUUUGGGGAGUCGAUGGGGGUUCGGGUGUUUGAGACCAGUGCCAAAGAGAACAUAAACGUAGAAGAGAUGUUUAUGGCCUUCACCCACAUGGUGCUCCGGGCCAAGAAGCAGAGCCAGAACAGAGCCGAGAGGGAACGAGAGCGGGAGAAGGACACCGUCAAUAUCAACGCGCAAAGGGACAGAGAUCGCAGGAAGAGAGGGAAGAAAUGCUGCUGAGCCCCAAAACAGACUGCACAACCACUCAUCGCUUACACAAAAAGCAUUUAAAAACGAUUGGGAAAAUGUGCCUUAGGAGAUAAAAUGUUUCAGUUCUGUGUUUCAAACUGCAGAUGUGAAUGUUCGAAACUAUGCCGGUCACUAUUUACUACGCCAAGUUACAACCCAAGAGGCCGCAGGUCAUUGAGGUCGGUUGUGAAUGGAACUGAGGCAGAGGGAAUUACAGUCUGUCAGCACUGACUGCAUGGAGCAGCUUGGAGGUUACGUGAGUUAAAGGAUCGUUUUUGUGGUGUUGUUUUUAGCCCAUUUACUACAAAUCAAAUUUUAAAAUGCAGCCUGUAGUUUUGUUUGAUUGUUGCUCUUCUGGCAGUGGGGCUUAAUGAUGGAAAGUUUGAUGGGUUCCCUCCAAGAUAUCUCUGCAGCUAACUGCCCAUAAUACCAUGAAAAUUCCUUUUUUAACAUUCAUGCUCCCCAGAGGAUGAAUCCUCAUAUUUUCACUGACCCUUGGACUUGUCAUUGGUGCACAAAGAUGAGAAAUCUAUUGUGACAGUUUGCCAUAAAAUUUAGAGCACAUUCACAUUCAUCUUUAAUAUUGAUUAAUCAUUUUUUAGCCCAACUAGCUACUAUAAAGUUCUAAGAAAAGGCUAAAAUAUUAGUGUGUUUAUUACUGGACUGCAGCUAGCAGUCUUUUUAAUAAUCUGUUAACUGGCUGAUUAUUUUCUUGAUUAAUCAUUUUAUCUAUAAAACAUAAGUGUAAAAUGUCCGUCACAAUUUCCAAAAGGAAAUAAGGUGAUGCCGUCUGUUUUGUGUUACCAGCAGCUCUAAACCCAAAAACAUCUCAGGCAAGAUAUUUCAAGUAUAGUUUCCACAAGUUUAUGAAAUGUUGUGUUGACAUUCAUGCUUGCCUGGGGAAGAAUCGUAAUUGUUUAGGCAAUCUCCAAUCUUUCCUUCGCUGCCAACUUUAAACUUUCCAUUUGAACACAAAGAAAAUAUUUAGAUUUAUUGGGCAUAUGCCAUGAAAUUUAUUGACCCUCUUCUUCCCAAAAUGAUGAACUAUUUGACUCUAUAUGACUCUAUCUAUGACUCUUUCUUUAGUGCCAUUCUCUUGGCAAACAAAACAUUUUUAGCCCAUCUCUGUUGUAUUUGUAUUACGGAGUCAGAACAACUCUGCUGCCUUUAGGGCCUGCUGUCUUGCUGAAGUGCGUUUUUUCCCGCUGUGCAAGCUUAAACAUGAGAUCUGGUUUAAGGCAAUCCAUCACAGACAGUCAUGCAAAAGUGAAAAGUCUGCUCUUCAUUUCCACAAAUAGCUAACAUAACUGAAAGUCAGCGCAGACGUGAUGUAAAUUAGCCUACGUUUUAAGUCACUGCAAGAUGAUUUCAAUAUUUUAGUAACACAAAUAGAAAACAUUUGAUGCCUGAAAGGUUGACAAAAACACAACAAUCUGCUUUGAAUCAUGGUGGUGAGAUAUUAACUGUACAUGACUGUGGUAAAUGAGCUAAAACGUACAAAAACUCUGCUAUGGUCCUUUAACUUUGCACUAGUGAACCACUGUUAUGUGCCGAUGUUUUUGUUUUUGUUUAUCUUAAUACAGUGAACAUGUUUUACCACUGAAAGGGAACUUGUUGCAGUUGUUACUGAAUUGUAACUGUAACACACUAACUGGUGUGAUGAGUGCAGUCCAAUGUCUGUAUGCCUUAUUUCAGUUAAAAUAAGGCCAGUAAUAAUUCAAGACUACAAAAUGUGUGUAACCUCGACCCAGUACAAGCCCCAAAAUGUUCAAGUCAUAGGUAUGUUUUUUUUUAAUAUAAAUAUCUGUUGCCUAGCAAAUGUGUCCAAAUGCAAAUAAAGCAAUAAAUCCAG